AUGGUUGAUCUCCAUUCUCUCCCUAAGGACUCCAGACCAAGCCACGCUGUGCGCAACAAUGGUCCUGACAGCCUCGCCCUUGAGAGAUACAAGCUAAGGGAGCUUGCAGAAGGUUGGCCCAUGUACCGCGAUGCCUGUGAGUGGGAGAACCUGCUAUCUAUCUUCCAUCCCGAUGCAUUUAUCUACACCACCUGGACCGGCAAAACACAUCAUCUCGAUUUCAUCAAAGCGUCUCAGGCUGGUAUGGAUAAGGGUGUAUUCAUAAUGCAUCGAAUUCACGGCUCGACUACGGACAUUACUUUGGAUGCUAAACGCGCUGUGACAAAGAUGAAAGCGACUAUAACACAAAGAUUUGAAAUUGAAGGAACUGAGGUUGAUGCAGAAUCGGACUGCCGGUUUUGCUUCUUUUGGGAGAGGCAAGAAUCCGGUGACUGGAAAGCACGCUUUGUUCGUCAUUGGUACGAAAAAGACAAGUUGAUUCCAGUAAAUCCGGCAAAGAUUCCCCCUUUAGAUGAAGAAAAACUCAAAGAAUACCCCAUCGGGUAUAGGUACUUAGCGUACUGUCAAGAACUUACAAUGGGAGUUAAAGUUCUUUUAGAUAUGCCCGGGCAUCGGAGAGAAGGUAGCAACGUCAACGGCAAGAAGCAUGACCUUCUCUAUUGGCAAGCAAAGCAAUGGCUCGACGGAGAUUCGAUUGACUUAUGA